AUGGAGGACACAAGCACAGACAUGGAUUUACCCCGUGUAUUGAUUACAAGCUUACAAAAUGAAAAAGCUAAAGAAAUUGCAAACAAUAUGGGAGCAAAGUAUUUAUCACAGCAAGCUGAUAUUGAACAUCAUUUGUUAGAUAUUGAUAACAAGUAUUAUACAGCUCAAAUACUACUGUGUACAACCAAAAAUUUAUCAAUAGAUCCUACAAAUUAUGAAGCUAUGAUAUUUUAUUACGAAUUAGAAACAGAAGAUGCAUUACAUCUUGUAGAAGAACAAGUUUUACCUUUACUUGCACAAUCAGAAGCAGAAAUUCUACUGCUAGUUUGCAAUUCUAUUCCUAACACUGCCGUAAGAGAAAAAGUUAUAGAAUGGUGUGCACUUAGAAAGUUUGAACUCAUUGAACUUGAGCAUUCAGAUCCUCAAGAUAUUAUGGACCUUGAAGAGGAUCAAAGUAAAUAUGGAAUAGAUCGUAUUAUUGAAGCUCUAGAGACUCAUAUGUGGCCAAAUAUUAAUCUGAAAGAUUCAAGAAAAACCACUAUUCAAGAGCCUGAACCUGAAGUUAAUGAAGUUGGGGAUCAACUGGAGAAUGUGAGGAUAAAUAACGCACAGGAUAUUUCAGAGCGUUUACAAAUGGAGAGUGUAUUAGAUGGAAUUAUGAACAACGAAGGAGCAGAUUUUGGUGAAUUAUUUAGUCAUUUAAGAGCAAUGAAAGAGCAUGCAGCUUCUAUGCCAUCAAAUCAAAGGAGAGUUGCAGCAGAACAAUUAGUCACGGCAUUUUGGAAAGCUAUAGGUGGAGAUCCAUCUGAAGUUGAUGAUAUAGAUUAA